GUAGCUACAGAAGCUCAAAGUCAUGUGUAUGAAUCAUCACCCAAGUCCUAAUUGCUAGCUAUACCUAUAAGAGUAUCGCCCCAAGACGAUAAAAACGACCACGCAAAUCACCCCCUCCAACGACCCCCUCCGCCACCCUAAAUCCAACAAUCACUGACAACAUCAAGUCACACCAAGAUGCCCGCCACUCAUCUCAAGUACAUGACGUUAGACGUGUUCACCAGCACAGUCUACGCCGGCAACCCACUAGCGGUCGUCUUCCUCCCCAACGACCACACCACGAACCCGAUAACCCAACGCCAGAAACAGACGCUGGCCCGCGAGUUCAACUUCUCCGAGACCAUCUUCGUGCACCCGCCAGGCGCGAACGCCACCUCCGCGAAACAGCGCACCAUCGACAUCUUCACCACGACCUCGGAGCUCCCGUUCGCAGGCCACCCGACCAUCGGCGCCGCCUCGUGGUUCUUGCACCAUGGGCCCCAAGCCGCAUCGUCAUCAUUUUCCACCCCGAACAAGGAAGAAGAACAAGUGACGCACCUCGUCACCAAAUCCGGAGCCAUCCCCAUCUCCCUAGCGCAUCAGCCCUCGUCCUCCGGCCCGAAUAAUGGCGGCGAAGGAGUCGUAGUCGCGCGCAUCGCGCACAACGUACACCUGCACAGCAAACGCUUCCCGCUGGCCGAACUGCUCCGACUCCACGGCUCCCUCGCCCCAUUCUACACCUGCGCCUCUACGUCCACAGAGAAAGAAAUCUCCUUCCCGAUCUUCUCCAUCGUGAAGGGCAUGACCCAGGUCCACGUGGAGCUGCCCUCCCUCGCCGCGCUGGCGGCGGUGACGACGGCGGCGGGCGGCGAACUCAUCGGCGCGGACAGCGGGUAUCUGGAUGAGGGGUGGGACGAGGGUCACUGCGUGGUGUAUUUCUCGGUGCGGGAGGUGGAGGACAACGAGGACAACGACGAUGACGACGACCAAUCCGGAAUCCGGCGGCCGGAGGUGAUCCGCACGCGGGCGGUCGUGGGCAAUCUGGAGGAUCCGGCGACGGGGAGCGCGGCCAGUGGGUUGGCGGCGUAUCUGGCGUUGAGCACUCCUCACACAGAGAAGAAUAUUAAGAAGUUGAUGGAGUUUGAGGUCGUGCAGGGGGUCGAGAUGGGCCGGCGCAGUAAGAUCGGUGUCGAGGUUGAGAUGCGCGAUGCCGAAACUAUUGCGCAUGUGGAUUUGAAGGGCGCGGCGGUCAAGGUGUCGGAGGGGUCGAUCGUGGUUCCCCCGUGAUUCUUAGGAGGCUGAAGAGCUAGCUGGCUCGUUAGCUGGUUGUUAGGUGGGUGGGUGUGCUUCUGCGAAGACUUUAUUUCCAUGCUGGUGCAAACUACGUACGUCCAGGGUUGAUCUCAUACACUACCAUGAUGACUAUAGCUAGGAUCCAUGUUUGUCUGCUUUUGUUUAUAC